UGACGAAUUGUCCUGUAUUUGCUCCCCACUUCCAUAGACAACCGGUCUGUCUUGUUUCCCAGAUACGAUAUCUACACAGAUCUCAUUCACAAAAAUGCCGGCUGAGAAGAAAGAGACAUCCUAUGAAAAAAUCUCCUCAGUCGGGACGGUGAAUGCCGACAACAGCAUCACAUGGACAGAUACUGGCCCAACGGGCAGCCGGGUCCAAUCAACCUUGGUGGCUGAUAUACCGCCCGGAGAUGGAGAGCGGCGGAUGGUCCUCUGCCCGGUGUUCAGCCAUCGCAACGUUCCCAAUGCUCAAUGGGUGAAAUCACAGGAUACAGGUUCAGAAGCGACUAAUGAUCAAUGGACUGCCAAACUCAGCAUAAGAUCAGUCGUGAAUGCGCUACACUACUAUUCCUAUGACUCCCAUGUAUACGCAGACAGACUUCAAUUAGCUACAGGUCGAGAGUCAAGUAGUACUGGUCACGCCUGGACAGAGACUCAGAAUGGAAACACAACUCUCGUGCUGGAUGCCACGGAGGGAGGAUUGAAACCCUGUGCGGACCUUCACUCAAGAGCCCCUGUCAGAUCAUACAAGGUACCCCUCUCAGAGUGGUCCAACUUCAUCGCUCCUGCGUUGGGUGGCUCUAAAGAGGAGCUCGAGUCAAUCGCUAAGUAUCAGUACGAGUGAUCCACCACGACGUCUAAGGCGAAGGUCUCCGGAGGUUGGGCGCCACCGUACUUGAAACAUGCUGAGUAGAGACACUAAUCUAUGAGGCAGUAGCAGUCAGUGAACGUAUACACGAGUAUGUCACGGCUUCUCCCAAAUCAGGACUCAAGGCACACGUAUUCAGUCAUUCUUAGAGGGCCAUGUUCAGGUGGCAGUCCUCGCUGAAU